CUUCGGUACCGGUUCGGAAUCGUUCGGAAAUGCCAUCUGCCCCCUGUCAUAGGUUCUCCUGCUCCCUCGCUUUCCGGAGCCUCGGUGGGAUCCGGUGAGUACAUACACAAAAGCCCACUAUAGUACUAUAGAACCCGUUGCCACGAUAGCUUGGCCUUUCGCUGAUACUUCGGCGUGCACGACGAUAUCAUCGUGAUUCGAAAUAAAAAAGUUUCACCACGUUUUCUGUUAGUUGCAAGCGCGACUACGCGAUUAUGAGACAACGCGAUUUUUUGGAUUUCCUAAUUUUAAGAGUGUAUCGUGCCGCGAUCGUCGCGAGUGUUUGAAUAAAGUUCAAUAGCCCAGGACGCCGGCCCGAUCGUCUAAUCGGAUUUUUUGAUCCAACGCAUCAGUGAAAUCAUACCGGAAUGUCUACGGCGGGUCUAGAAGUUCGCGAGGCUGGACGAGCCUUGCGUGUUCAGACCGAAGCGCCACAUCUUGUUUCCAUGGGCAGCGGACGGUUGUCAACUGCAGUGACUCUACAUCCUUUGCCCGAAGGUAGAGUGACUUUAGGAUCCAGCAGAGACGCAGAUAUUCCAGUCUCGGGCACAGGCGUGGAACUCAUUCAUUGCACAAUCGAGAAUAACAACAGUGUGGUGACUCUUCAUCCCAUUAACGGAAAUACCUGCGUGGAUGGGAUUCCAGUAAAUUCGCCGAUUCGUCUUGCCCAAGGUUGUAUGGUUUCAAUUGGUCGAUCCAAUUACAUGAGGUUCAAUCAUCCAGCUGAAGCUAAACAACUGAAGUCUGUCAUGCCUAAUUCGAGGAUAUCGAUGGCACCGAUUAGCUUUUCUCUAGCUGACAACCUGGACAAUCAUCUGGAGAGGAAACCACCAGUCGCGCCAAGAAAAUCACCAAGAAAUUCCUCCUGCUCCGAUGACGAAGGCUUCCUUGGGAAAUUAACGAAGUUCGAGAUGCUCGCUAGACAAAAUCGAAAUUGCGUGUCUCCUAAGGUUUUUCCUGCUGGCAGUGGCACGGCUAAUGUACCAGCUGACCAGAUUCUUGGUCAUUCGAGAUCGUCGAGCUUGGCCUCACUCUCCAAGAGCAACAUCAUGCCUUAUCACAAUUUGGUGAAUCUGGAUAGAAGCCGUUCCAAUACGCCGAGCUUGCCAUACGAACAGAGUUACCAUUAUUCCAGUGAUAACAGACAGAAAAUCGAACACAUUAAGACACCGAGCCGAUCAAACACUCCGAAUGUCAUGCAGACGUCUACGCCUAAUUAUAAUCAAAUUCAAAUGUACUCCACUGCCAAUACUUAUCUUAAGACGUACAAUCCACACUAUCACGAGAACAAUAAUGAGAAUUUUAUGUCACAGAGUAUGAUAGUUCCGAAGCACUCUCAGAAUUUUGAUCUUAUGUCGCGCAGUAUGAUUUGCCAAAAGUCCAACGAGUACGACAAAUUUGGCCGUGAAUUUGAUAUGAGUCAAAGUUUAAUUGUCGCCAAGACCACAACUGAAUAUGUACAAGUUGAUAAGUUCGGAUCGAAUCCAAAUCUCUGUAAUCGUGGUUCCAAUACAAAUAUGAAUGAAUUGUCGAUUAAUGGUCUUGGACCAAAUUCAUCUCAGAGCUUUGGCUCUAAUCCUAACGUUAGGAGAAUCCAGCCGCCGAGUCCUGCAUUCAAUCGGAAUCCAAAGUACAACGAACAGAAACGUUCUUACGCACGUGUUAAGAGUCCGACUCCUAGUACCGGAAGUGGAUGCUCUAUCGAGGAACUUAGAGAGAGACAGGCUGACGCCGAGCAUAAAAGAAAGGAAGCUGAGAAUAAGAGGAAGCUUGCGCAAGAGGAAAGACUUAGGGAGCAGGAAGUUGAAAGACAAGAGAAAAUGAGACUCGAGGAAAUUUUGGCAAUGUGCGCCGAAUACGAGAAACAAAGUACUAUGGAGAAACCAAGACAGCCGAACAGAAUCAAGACCAAUGGAUCGCUUCCACGUGAAAAAAGACCAGGCUACAAUUCGCCGUUCGACAGUCCAAAGAGCCCGUCCAAAAAUCAACCACAAUUUUCAUUCGAAUCCACCAAGGAGAAUAAUAGUGGAGCUUAUGAGAACGUUAGUCUAGAAAAUUCCAGGAUGAUUCUUCAAAAUGGAGAUUCGCCGAAUAAUAACAGAAUCCACGGUAAUUUUCGACAGAACGAGAUUCACGAUGCGUCGCAUGUUCAAGAGAAUUUGCAGCCGACUACACCAAAUAACAAUCAGAAAAUUAAAUGGCCAAACAGUCAUGGCGACGGGGACCAUAGUUUUUCGAAUUCGAUUACUCAAGCUCAUCCGUCCAAUUAUGAGAAUGUAAGAUUCAACGGAGAGACCAAUUGUCAGCGAUUCCAAGUACGAAGCGAAACAAAAGAUCAGUCCUCUUAUGGGAAAAUACAGCUGAAUGGUACGAAAAUUCAAUCUCAAAGUUUUGGACACAGUUAUGAAAAUUUUGCGCCACUUAAUGGUAACAAAAGUCCGUAUGAAAAUAUUGUUUUAACAUCGUCUUCGCAAAAGAACAACCAAAACAGUGCGACUUUAAAGAAGAGCGGCCAGCUGUCCAAUUCUUGCGAAGUUAUUGAAAAUAAAUUAGCCAUAUCAAACGAUGAUCUUUUGGAAGCUAUCGAACAAUUAUCCAUGCUCUCGAAAUCGAAGGACGUUUGCGUCACGCCAAAGAGAAACAACUCCGAGAAGGAUAACGCCAAAUCUAACGAGGCAAAGGCUGAUAAAGCGCGAAAGGAACUCGAGGAGGAGGACAGAAGAAAGUACAUAGAGUUCCUUCAAAAUGAAAAAAUUCACAUUCUUGGAAACAUGGAUGUACUGAAAAGAAGUGUGGCAGAUAUCGAGAUACAAGAGGAGGAGAUAACAAGAGAGCUCGAGCUGGAAAAAGCUCUGCUGUCAGCGGAAUAUGAAUCCGAGUCUUUAAAGCUUACGCAGGAUGAGAGUGAAAAGAUUAGAGUUCAGAUGAGGAUAAACGAACUCGAGCGAGAAAUGGCCGAGGACAAUUCGACCCAGGCAAAUCUACAAGCGGAAGCUAAGCGUCGUGUCCAAAGAGCUCAGCAACUUUGUGGCAGGUUGGAAGAAGAGUUGGCCAACUGCAAGGAUGAAAGUGUUCACGAGGACUUGGCUGAAAAAUUGACAUCACAGCAGGACAUCCUGGAGGCUGAGAGAAAAUCAUUUGAGGACCUUGAAUUUCAUCAUCUGGAGGAAGAAGCGAGUAAACUAGCAACUCGUGAAGAACUACAGAGAUACCUCAGUGAACUCUCUGCCAAAAUAGAAACCAGAAAGGCUCAGCUAAAUCACUUGGAAUCUCAACGUUCCCAGGCGAAUAAUACUGCCACUAAAGAUACGAGAAUUCUGGAAAGACAGAAACUGGGUCACAUGAAAAGAUUGGAAGAGGGACGCAGCCGACUGCGCGCCAUUGAUGAUGAACUGGAAGAUUUGGCUCAAAGCUCACCCGAAAAUUCGGAAGAGAAGCGAUCGCCGAGUAGAGAAGAUUUUGACAGGAUCUCCCGAGUAACGAAUGACUCGCCAAUUGUGAAUAAUCAAGGCAGCUUAGGUAGGAAGACUAUCGAGUCCCUCAAGGAAAUUGAAAGAAAUCGACAGCUUCAUUUAGCAAAACAAGGGAGUCAGGUAAUCUCAGAGGAACGACGCAGAGUAGAGGAAUUGAAAAGAAGAGUGCAGGACGAAGUGCGCUCUCAGUGGGAAGAAAGAAAAAUGAAUUGUGCAUCCUUCAACAGUGUAGAGUCUGGCGAAGAGUCUUCCAGCUACUCAACAGGACCAACAGAGAGCGGUAGCGGAAGCAGCGAUGGUGCCGACGUUGUCACUGGCGAGAAGCUGUCUCCGGGAAAGCUCUCUGAAUUCGCGUCAUCGAGUCCUGGACCAUCGAACAACUCGUACACACUCCUGCAGAAUGAAAGCACCAGAGAUAAUCACAGAAGUUCCAUGGAAGGCGAAAGACUUAGCAACAACAGCGGUGGUAUCGUAGACGGAAGCGGAAGUCGUCCCCUUUCACAAACUUCCAGUGAGCUAGACACCCUCGGGCCACUACAGCCAAUAAAACAUCGAGAAAAGGCAAAACUACAGAGGCCACUCACGCGAUAUCUUCCAAUAAAAUCGGAGUCGUUGGACCUACGACAUCACAUUGAGACAGCUGGACAUCAGUUGCCCCUGAUUCAUGACGUCACAGUCGACACGACCAGCUGCUGUGGUUACUUGUCGAAGAUGAGCAAGAAGUUUCAUCACUGGAAUAAACGUUGGUUUGUCUUUGACAGAAAGAGAAAGACAUUAUCGUAUUACAGUGACAAUACCACGAGAAAGGCACGUGGCGUCAUAUACUUCCAGUCUAUCGAGGAAGUGUAUGUGGAUCAUAUGAACACUGUUCGAUCGCCGCAACCUUCGCUCACGUUCAUCAUUAAAACAUCAGCGAGACUCUAUCAUCUUAUGGCACCGAGCCCAGAAGCCAUGAGGGUCUGGGUGGACGUUGUGUUUACUGGUGCUGAGGGAUAUCAUGAAUUUGAUCAUGGCGUUUGAGAGGAACAAACGCUUGUUCAUAAUUUGGGCAAAACCACUACUGCGUAUUUUAAAGAGCAGCGGAUGGUUCUUGGGAAUGCUUCUAUUUGACGAUUCUCUGAGAACAUCUCGCACUUACGGAUAUUCACAUCCAUUUCGUUGAGUUAUUAAGUAUCCACGUAUCUUGUAAGCAUGUGUGGAUACACAAAUGUAUUUUUGGAAAUCACGUUUUAUUGCAUAUCAGCAGAUGUUUGUCACAAAAAUUGAUUAGCGAUACAAAGAAAAAUUUAUUGGAAAGACCAAGUACGAUACGUCUUUUUAUGUUUUGACAAUGUACAAUUCUGAUUUGUAACCUUUUUUCUUUUCUUUAAAAUCCACUGUAUCGUUACAGCGAUUAAACAUGUAGUGCAGAUUUAUUUCUCUUGUUUUUGACUUUGCGAGGAUUAUUCAUUUAUAUCGAUUAAAAAUUACCUAAGUAAAUUACGUAUCGUGGAUCAAGAGGUGACAAUUUGGCAUUGUUCAUAAUUUUGUAAACGCUUCAUCAAAAGACUCAAAUGACAUUGUACUGGUAAUGAUGUAAUUUUAGUCUACAAGCGAAAAGAUAUAAAAAGUUCUAUUAACAAUCGUUCACUUUAUCGUGUCGAUAAUGAUUUUUAUUAACUGAGACUAUAAUUAACCAAUGGUGCCAAUCAUGCUAUACAGAUGGAGGGCAUUAUAAUAGAAAUGUUAAAGAAGUAUUAUUCGUCGAAGCGCGGUUAAAUUGUAACUUUGUAAUAUUUAAUAAACUGGAGUUAAUUAAAGCCCGUUAGGGUUUAGAAUGUUCUAAUCUAGUCUUCCAGCGUAGAUAAAGAAGGAAAGAAAAGCGUGACAUGAGGUAUUCGUAAUAAUUGGUAAUUGGCUAAAAUGGAAAAUGAUCUGGAAUGAACCAGGACAUAGUAAUGGCAACAAUAAAACUUGUAAAUAAUUAAUUAUAUAUGCAUAAUGUCGUCAUUCUUACAUGUACUAUCAUUUAGCGUUUCAUAUAUCGUAUCUGUCAAAUAAGAAACGAAGUAAUUUUCUCCGUUACUUUUUUUUAGAGAAGUUCGACUUUGAUGCAUACAUACUACGUAAAAUAACUGAAACAAUGUUCGGAAUCGUGUAGUUCCCAAGGAUGUAGAUCCAACAGAUUUAUGCUAGUGACUAUAAAUAAAAUUUCGUGUCAUUCAAUGAAAAGUACUUCGUUCGGUUCCCGUCGUGAAAUAUACGCAUAAUACAAUUAUAUACUUGCACGAAUUGAAGUAGACCGUAUAUCAUAUUAUAUGAAUGUAUUUUUCGACGUAUUUACAAAGGAUCAUACAACUAUUCGGAAGUUGACGAGCAUGUAUUACUUAUUAUCCUUACCAUAUACCUUGUACGAUUAUACAAAAACGCCUGUAGGUAGGCAAUACGGGAUACGUUAAAUGAAUAGGUACAAUAAUCCAGUAUACUUUAUAUUGUAUCUGUCUGUUUCCUUGCAGGCAGCUGUAUUCAAUAGUAUAAGGAUAAUGUGUAUCACAAAUAAGUAUUACCAAUAAAAUGAUUGUUACGAA